GUAAAAUAUGAAAAAGCGCGGGAUAUCGUUCGUCUUACGAUUCCGUCAACGACGGAAGCGGAGGAAAACCUAGUCGUUUUUCAAUCGCUUCACGCGCUUCCCGCCAGUAUGGACGAUUUCACCGGUGUUAUUUCGUCACGCUCGUGAGUUCAUUGCUCGAUCAAAUUUCCUCGAAGCGUCUAAUAUUCUCUAAGACGGACAACAUGAGACAGGUAUCACCGAAGGACGUAUUGUAUACAAACACGAAGUAACUCCGUCGGAUAACACUUGGUUCGCGUUACUUGGUGGCGUUCGGCCGAAUAAUUAUACACGGUGCGGAUCGAAUGUUUAACGACACAGGCAAGCACCGUCGAUGAGACAGGCCGCUGGAUUCGCGUAAAGAUAUUUGCGAUGAACGCGUCGGGAAAGAAUCAUGUCACGAUCGUUGGCGCGUCGUUCCACGAAAAUGUGUUUCUUCUGACGCAGGUGGUACCGCCGUCCCUUGAAUUUCAGAAACAUUUCAAGAAGAACAUGUUCGACAAGCCCAACAUAGCUGGUUUCCUGCAUGUGUCUUAUUAUCUGUCGGUCAUAUACGACGCGAAGCUGUUCAAACAAAUGGUCAGUUGGCCGCUGUCGUGUAAGAAGGAUGAAGUCAUGUACCGCAGUGCAAUAAAGGGCUUCCUCUCUGUUCUGUCACGUGACAAUCCGGACGUUAAUUUCCCGACGAUUCUAACGUCUCACUUGGCGCAAGCAGGAGGGGCCAAGUUUCUAAUCAUCAUGUGGAAGGUAUCGCAACUUGCUCUCAGAGCUUACAUUAAGAAACAAUUUCAAGGGGAUUUGCUGAACGCACCACGUUUGAGUCCAGCUGAUGAUCUGACUAUAGCAUACUUCAAUGGUGUAAUCGCUGAGAGAUGCAGACUCACGCGGGAAAUGCACAGGAAAGCGAAGAGAGUUCUGGAUACUGCAAGUAACUUUCUCAAGAGUGAGAUGGAAUUACAAAGUAUAUAUAAGUCGGAGAUUUUCGAUAGGACGCAGAACAUAAAGAAACUGGUAUUUGAUAUGUCGGUUCAUCCAUUGGUUCAGAAACAGCUGAUGGAUGUCCAAGAUUCUAACAUCGUAAACAUAUGGAAAAGGAACAUAUCGAAGAACCUGCAAUAUAUAUGUAGCAGGAACGAGAAGUUAAGCGAAUUGGAAGAAUCUUGCAGACACUUGUGCAAGCUCGUCUCCAAGAUAAUCUCGAAUUCGGGAGUGCUCGAUGCGAAUAAGUUACCCAGGAUUAACGACGACAACCGAUUCCUACGUACGCAGGAUUUGUACACGAAUGGCUCCAUCGCGUUCUCCACUCUGCUGUCAUUGGUCAGUCUGGCGUCCGCACGGAUACUGCACCGUAUAAACAUCGCCGACUCGUCGGACUUGUCGCGUUGUUCGCUGUAUAUUGAAAAGGCUCGGAAAAACAUCAAAGUCCUGCGAUCGUUGUUCGUCGCGCUCGACGUGAAGCUCACCGGCCUGCAUCUGGAUGAGCAACGCAUCUCCGGGAGAGUUACGAAAGUUCCGGUCUGUCUCGAAACAGAUAGCGCGUCGUUCAUCGCAGAGAACAGAGAGAUACUGUUGGAAUCCCCUGAGAUCAGCUUUGACUUGGAUCAACGUGUGGAUAAUGAUCACUUCCACAAAACGUUGUGUCCAUCCCCGACGGAAGGUGAGCAUAAGCACCUGUUUAGAAGACACAAACGUAAGUAUUGCCCAUACGAGUGGCCGGUGGCACCGUCAAGCUUCAGCGAAUCCUCUUGGAACCACAUGAACGGAUGGCUGUCUCCUCGAGCAUACUCUUUGAAGAGUGAGCUGAUUACACCCAAUGGGAAGUCAACUUCAUCCUUGUACUCCCGACUGUUAGCUUCCUCCAAAUCAUCGCCUAAACGUUCCGCAGGUUCGUCGUAAUUUUUCGAUACUCCGAUGUACUUGGAAAUCUUGACGCCUUGUAAAUUGAUGCGUAAUCUUUAGGGAACAUGUUGCACAGUCAAAGUUCAACCUGCGAACGAUCGACGCAGAGAAAACUCCGUCGUUCGAUAUCGGGCCAACUGACAAACCCGAG